AGGCUGAAAAUGCUCCGUCUGGGCGUCUUUUUCUUAUUGGCAGCUUUCCCAGGUGCCAGCUCCCAGGUCCAGCUGACUCAAUCUGGAGCAGAAGUCAAGAAGCCCGGAGAGUCCGUGAAGCUGACAUGUAAAACCUCCGGCUACACUUUUACCAGCUAUGGUAUUAGCUGGGUCCGCCAGGCUCCCGGGAAAGGCCUGGAGUGGACAGGAUACAUCAACACAAAUACUGGUGGCACUGGCUACGCCUCGGCCUUCGGGGGGCGAGUCACCAUGACCAGGGACACCUCCAUAAGCACGGUCUGGCUGCAGCUGGGCAGCCUGCGAGCCGAUGACACCGCCACGUAUUACUGCGCUCGGGACACAGUGACGGAAACCAGAGCCACAGCCCUUCACAAACCUCCACGCUGUGAGAGCCCCAUCGAGGAGGGGGCAGAUGUGCUAUGA